GAUGGAUCUACUCCAUUGAUGUUAGCAACUUUUGGUGGGAAAGUUCAGCUGGUGGAAUACCUGCUAGAUGUUGGAGCAGACUAUACGAUAUCAAACAAACAUGGUAACCUGGUUCAUGCUGCCGUUGUCAGUACAGGCUCUAUAAGAUUUCUAGACAUUGUAGUGAAUCUUGGAUGUGACAUCAACAUGAUCAGUAAUGCGGGUAAUUCGCCACUACUCCUUGCCUCCAGAAUUAACAAACCAGAGAUGUGUUUGUACCUGAUCAACAAAGGGGCUUUGUUGAACCAAAAAGAUAGAUUUGGAGAAACUGCUCUAUCUGCUAGUAUAUAUUUUGGGUGUGAAGAGAAUGCAAGGUUGUUGAUUCAGCAUGGUGCUGAUCUGGACAUUUCUGAU